GCGUGCGUGGUGGUGGCCUUUCGCCCUAAGCUAGCAAUUCAGAGAUGGCUGGCUGAUGGGGCCAUGUGCUUGGAAACAAGACAGAAAGAAAGAGUGCGAAAAAGAGGAAGAAAGGACCGAAAAUGGAGAUUAGACCUCCUCCCGCGUCUUUGGCUUUCCCUCUCCACUCGAAAAAAACAAACAAGCCGACGCACAUGAGAUAGCAUAGCAAGCAAGCCCGUGAUCCGAGCUCGCAUUGUUGCAUGGACGCUGCUCGGCCUUCGAUGCAGCCGUGGCGCAGCCGGAGGGCUCUGGAUAAGAAGCAGCAAGAGCAGCAGCAGCAGCAGCAGCAGCAGCCUUCAUCCUCGACUCCCGGCCCCUCUUCGUCGCAACAGCAGGGGCGCGUCCAGGAUGCGGGAGCGAGAAAGGUCCCGCAAGGCUCCAGGCCUGACCGACUAAAGCCACCGCCGGCUCUGAGAUCGACUGGUGUCCCACUAGAGCUCCUUGCCAGUCCAAGUAGAGGGCUGGACGCGGGCUCGGGAGCCGACCUCACUCAGACGAGCACCCAGGACGCCUAUCGCGUCCACAUCAGCGAACGCAUCGUCAAGGCAGCAGACAGCCAUGGCCGACUGAAUGCCGCUGCGCUCUUUCCUUGGCCCGUGCCCAGUCAGCAGGCUUCUGCCGUCGCUGCAGCUGCCGCCAUUGGGCGACCAAUGAUGGAGUCGCUUACCGAUGUGCUCCUGCUCGUCCGGAGGCUCAGGGAGGGCUGUGUGGCUGCCAAGCGUAGCGAUCACUUUGCCAUUGAUGUGUACGCGCUCUCGACGCUGCUGAGCCUCCUUGUCAGCGACGGCAUCCAGCUUUCGUCCUCCCUACCUCGCCUCGUCGACCUUCUCUUAACGGCAAAGCCCUCGGAAGGCACUCUCGCAGCGACGUCUUCUGAUCUGCGCAAUUUGUUCAAGGUAGGACCGUCCGACAACGCCUGGCUCUCGCAGUCCGUCGAGCCUGCCCACCUCCUCUCGCUUCACCUCGUCUGGCACAGCACCACGGGCGGCCUUGUCGAGCGCAUCGGCGGCCGCUCCCGCAACAAGCCGACGCUGCCCAGCAAGACGCUCGCCUGGUACGAAGGCCUCUGCCGCGUGCAAGCGCACAUCACACAUCCGAAUUCCUCUGGCAGCAAAUCGAUCGAGCUCGCAACAGCCAUCCACGACUGCCUAACGAGGCGCCGGCCACUUACGCUCCGGCAUCUGCUUCUAGACAACAGCCGCAGUGGCACGCUGACGCUCUGGCAUCGCGCCCUCCUCGUCGAGGCCGUCGAGGCGAUGCGCGGACACGUCUGGUACGCCCUGCAGCGCGCAUACAAGCAGCUGCCCUUCGAGGCGGGCCUGCUCCCGUCCGUACCGACGGCGCAGGCAGGCAGCGCACAGGACGACUGGCUCGAGAGGAUGCUUCUGCUCGACACGAGGCUCUUUCCACCCACACAAGACGAGCUUCGCCUGCAUCUAGAAAACUCCGGGCAUAGCGCAGAGAAAUGGGAUGACGGCGACGACAGCCAAGACAGAAUCAUCAGACGGCACAGGCUGGCCAGCUUCUUCAGCAGCAUAGACACGCCCUCGGCCCUCUUGACAAAAUGUAGAGACCUCUUUGCGGUGACAGAGACGGUAAAUGAAUCCAAGUCAUGAAUGAGUAUUGAUAGGAAGAGCGUGUCAUAUCAAUAGACGGAAAGGUUGUGCGUGCUUUUGACAGGAUGGUGUGUGUUAAGGCUCGC